UAAUAAAUGAAAUAUUCUCUGAUGAUAGUGAUAAUGAUGCACUUGAAGAAAAUAAUAAAAGAGACUUUGAAGACAAUAUUUCAGAAUAUUCAUCUGAUGAUUUAGAGGAAAACAAUCAAGUGAAUUUUGAUGCUUAA